UGCAUUCUUUCGGCGGCGCGGGCGCAUUCCACCGCGCGCCAUCCGAGCUCCGCGCGCCCGCGCCAGUCGACGCGCGCCCUUUUGGGGGUUAAGAUGUGUCCAUUGCGGCGGGCUCUCACAAUGUGGUCCCAGCCUCCUCCCCCCGAACCCAAGAUGGAAUCGACAUUUAGAGCUCGUGCCUCCACGACUGACGGACACAACUGGUGCCGCGGCUGCUUCGGCGGUCGUCAGAUAGCGCGGAUGGUUCGCGAGCCUCUCGAGUACGGCGUUCGGGUCGAUCCUACAUCUUCGCGCCCGCCGGGUCUGUGCGUCCGGGAUGAACCUCAGUAUCAAAACUUGGAAGAGUUGCGGAAGCGUCCCGAGUACGCUAAUCUAGACGAGAUCAGCCGCGAGUUCGGUUACAGACUAUGCCCCGAAGGACAGAAUUUAGAGGACGAAGCUAUUUACGAAAAUAUAUUGUCAGUGCGCCAGAUUCGUUCCGCGGAAGUGCGCUUAGUGCCGGUGUCCGAGGUGGCGUAUUAUGAGGGUCAAGGUUACGUCGCGACGCAGGUGCUGAGCAGGAACGGGACGUUUCCGCAAUGUCCUCCGCACACUUGGAGUCGACUGCAGAACGCUUGCAGACCGACCGGCUCCUUACGACUUUUCACAGCUAAGAAAGAGAUGUACGAUGUAAAGAAACAAAGGCUUUGCCUAGCUCAAGAUGAAUAUAAACACCUCAACAAUGCUCUGUCCACCCUCGCUGCCUCAAGAACUAGUCUUUGUUCAUCAACCACCUCAAUGACAACAACGUCAACGACUUCCCGACACGACCCCGAGCUGCUUCGCUCAGAAGUGACACAGGCUAGAGGCCGCGUCGCUCAACUAAGGAAAGAGUUGAGGCAGGCUCGAGCAGAAGUAGCUAGUGCAAGACGAGGCGUCGAUACAUUGGCUGAGGUCGAGCAAAAACUUAGCGCACAACAAGGUUGCUACAACAUAACCGAAGCUCAGGCUAUAAUGACUGAGCUAAAGAACGUACAAAAAUCAUUAACCUCCGGUGAAAAGGAGAAAGCAGACUUAAUGCAGUCUCUGGCAAAAUUAAAAGACGAUCUGACGAGACUACAACUGGGAGAUGCAUCGCCAGACUUAUCUUCCACCUUGAGUUUCCCUCAAGAGAAACUAAGCACCGCAUCGCAAACUGAUCUGUGUGCCGAUUUAGUGCCUAUAGGUACGAGAUUAGCUGAAAUGGCGCGGGUUCGCCUCCAGUACGACGAAGCUAGGAAAAGGAUACAACAAAUCCAACAACAGCUGGCGGAUUUGGAGGACAAAGUCCAACCAGGACAAGCGGAAUCAGACAAGGACCGUUUGUUGCUAUUCCAAGAGAAGGAACAAUUGCUACGGGAGUUAAGAAGCAUCACGCCGAGAACGAGAUCGAAGCAAGAGAUGAGCGACAUACAAUCUGAAUGCAAAAGGCUAGAGCAGGACUUGAAGAAUGCCUUCGAGAUGUCCAACAAGUGCAUCGCGGACCGUUUGAGGCUACACGAAGAGAAGCAAUUGUUGCUCCAACAAUUGAAAGAUGCGUUAACGUCAAUGACGACUUUAGAAGGACAGUUGAAGACAUUAUCGGCGAGCACACUGUCGGUGUCUAGCAGUUCCAGUCUGGGAUCGCUAUCGACGGCGAGCAGCAAAGGAUCUCUGAGUUCAGGGAUCAGUUUCACGGACAUAUACGGCGGGCCGCAGAUCGCGAGCUCGUUUCAAACUGACAAGCCUAUCGAUAUGGUGGAUCUACAUCGGAGAGUCGAAAGAUUAUUACGAGGCACCAGUUACAACGCGGACAGCGUAACUCCAGGCGCAAGCAGUUCGCCAUCCCAGCCCUCUUUGUCGCCACGAAGCAGCUUGUCAUCGGCCAGUCCACCACCACCACCGCCCUCUUACCACCAGGUCGAAAGACAGAGACGGCAGCAGCGAGAACUGGAAGAGAAACUGGCUGAAAUGAGGAUAGGCGUGGCCACCGGACUGGACGAAGUCACCGGCCUGGCUACAAUUCCAGUACAACUCCAAGGUCCGGGUCGACCCUGUGAGCCGCUGUCUCCCAUAUCGGAGACCCCCCCGCCACCCCUGUCUCCAAGGACUCCCUCGUCUAGUGGUACGAACACUAGAUCAGUCUCGGCUGCGGUGAGCGACGAGUCAGUGGCGGGAGACUCGGGGGUGUUCGAAGCGGCGCAAGCGGCCACCGACGCUUCCAACGCCGUGAACAGUGCACAAAUUGAGAUCAAAUUGCGUUACUGUCCCGACGAGACUGCGUUGGAGAUCGGCAUACUGAGGGCUCGGAAUCUGCACGCGCUCUUCAUCGACAUGGGAACCGAAGUUGGCGUGAGAGGAGCGUUAGUGGUGGGCGGCGGCUGCGGCGUGGCGUUCGGCAGCGCGGCGUUGUCGUGGCGCGGCGCGACGCUGGCGUGGCGUCACGCGCAGCGCGUGCCGGUGGCGGGCGCGCGCGCGCUGCGGGCCGCCACGCUGCAGGUCAACCUCACCAGCGGCACCGAGUGUCUGGGCUGCGCUCAAGUUAGCCUGGCCGACUUUGAUCCGGAGCUAGGGUCGCAGAAGUGGUACAACGUACUGAGCUUCCGUUCCAUGAGGAGAGACGAAAGCUCCGACGAAUCGACGGUUAUAUCGUCGCAGACCUCCACGUUGACCCGGAACAGAGGUCCGGAGAGCAUGGCGGGCGCGGAAUGUAAUAUCGACUGCGGUGAUAAUUCCGCUUCAGAAGACGAGGAGUCUAGAGAACCACUGAAUCAGAUUGUGGAAGAGGAUUCGUUCGAAGAUUACAUUCCCGAGGAGGAGUUAGUGUUGGAAGACGAGUACCUACACCCGGCCACCGCUGAGAAAGAAACCAACACCGAAUGCAACUUCUGCCCUGAAGCCAGGCAACUCAGAAGGAAGCAACAGACGAAAGCUGAGUCAAGCGAAACUUUAGCGCCGAUAAAGAGAUCUCAAACGUUUUCUCCGCAGCCGCAGAGCAUCGGGAAAGGCCAAUAUAUUUGCAGAUUGAAUCGUUCGGAAUCUGAUUCGUCGAUGGUUCAGUACGCGAGACGAGUGCCCCUGCACCCGCCGCCCACCACCAGCAUCCCUUUCGACCGGACCGUCAGAGAACGCAGAUCUCUCAGGUUGGGUCGCGUGGCGGGCGGCGCGGUCCGCCGCAGCGCGCCCCGCUCGGGCCCGCGCACGUCGCUGGACCUCACGCUGGACCUGCGCGCGCAGCACACGCGCCUCGCCGACCUCACCGACGAAAUCGCCACGCUCACCCAGCUCAAGAAGCGACUUGAGGAAGCCUGCGCUCGUGGUGACCCAUCGGUCGCAGCGCAAGUGGCAGACGACGAGGCUCUAAGUAGACUGGUCAGUUCCGGGGCCGCGGACGCGGGCUCCACCAGGGCGGCGCGGCUGUUGCAGCGAGCAGCCAGAGACAUCUACCGGCUGCGGCGCUCGAGACAGGGAGGCAGGAAACCAGACCUUAUCACGUUUAGGGAGAAGAUGGCAUUUUUCACGCGAAGCAAAAACACGAUACCCGCUCUGCCCGGAGAGGCCGACGACCUAUCCGAAGACGACUGGGAGGUAGACCUCGAAGAGAGAACCACUCCAGACGGCAGGUCCUCGAAAACGUCAUUCGAGAGACGUGAGCAGCCCUGUCUCGAAGCUGCGAAGGUGGUGGAAUGUAAGAACCCGUGCAUGAACCCGGAGCCUUGCUUCGAAGAUCAGGCCAAGGAGGAAACUAAGACUGAUGAUGUGAGGUAUGAUUUCGUUGUUGAUAGAGUGCUCGGAGUUCAGGUUUGAAUGGUUUGUGAUUUGAGGAAACAAUUUUUUAUAACACGAUUUUUUUGCGUUCGAUUGUCGUAUCAAUAAAAUAUAGAUAUGUUUAUACGCUGUCACCGUGAGCGUAUCUGAAUACUUGCGGGAGUGAUCUGCCCUCAACAGGAUGCAUCAAGUCGGAAGAACUUCAUAGAUAGUUUAUUAACAUGACGAACCCCCUCAAUGAAGUCAUAUAGAGGGGUGAAAGGGUUAAGCGACCUUUCGCUUAGUAUGCGUACAUUUAUCUUUGUACUUAAAUGUCUGUUUUAUUAGCUAUUAGUAUCAACAGUUCGAUGUUUUUAAUUGAACUUCUAUUAAUUUAUUCCAUAGAAAUAGCCGAAGAAGUUUUUUGUUAUGAUAUUUUUUUCAAAUUUUAAACUUUAAAUGGCUCUCCUGUAAUGUUGCAGAAAUGUCGCUUAAACCAAAUAGCCUUUCACCGGUCAAUAUAUAUAAGCCUAAAAACACUAUAUUUUUGUUCAUAAACCAUUAAUAUAACGAGAGAGACAGCGUAUAAACGGGAUCACGUUUUGUUGCGAAUGUCCAGUGUGCGACAAAGUUUAUAUCGAUUACAAUUGUAUUGCUUUUAUCGAUAAUCGUGCGUAUUAAAAAAAAAUUGUACUACAAAAAAUGAUUCCUCGAACAGUUGAGUUCGUGAGGCGCAGGGAGCCGGCACCGUUAAUUAAAUAUUGCAACUAACAUUGUUCUGUGAUCACUAUUGCCCAUUGAGAUUUUCUGGAUCGAAGACUGACGUAACACUUAUUCUAUUAUAUUGGUUAUAUUUUUAUUUACAAUAAAACAAAGGCGUUACAGGAAUCCGUAUGCAGUUUUUUCUAUCGCACCACACUUAAUGUCAUCUGUCAAAAUAUUUGACAUUUAUAAUGUAAAGCCAAAUGAGAUUUUUAAUAAUCCAAUUUCUGUAACGCCUGCUCAGAUUUGAACCUUACAUAAGCAUAUUUCAGAUCACCUUGCAUAUGCACAUAUAUACAUUUAUAUGUUUAAUAAAUUAUGUUUCGUGCAAAUUUUGUGCCAUAGAAAAGUUCAAUGGAGUUUGCUGUAAAUGAUAACGUGAUGUGCUUUGACUAGAUCAGUAUGUUCUGAGAAACAGUUCAAUGUAAUUAUAAUAUAUUAUUAACAUCCAUUAAAUGAUAGUAAAACAGUGAAUUCCAUAUAACAUAAGUAAGUUACUAAUAUGUAUUUCAUUUUGUACCGUUCGAUUGUUGUACAAAGACAUGUGCCUUAGACACGGUGCCCGAUAGAGCCUGCGGGAGUGCCAUACAUGGCAGGGGUAGACGCUGUUUAGGUACAAAAUAGAUUGUAUGAAGAGUCACAAAACAAAUGCCAAACAUUCUUUUUAAUGUUAGAGAAUUAUGUGGGGAUUAAAAAAUGUUUAAUUGUUGUAAAUAUUAUCAACGGUCGCCCACCGAAUGAAUCGAUGCGUUUCUACCAUCCUCCACGAUUUUCUAUGCCCAGAAAUAGCUGGUCAAUUUGUCAUUACUCACACCCUAAAUAAUGUAACAACGAAAUAACUUUUUUAAUAAUUUGGUGAACUGCGAUCAAGCUCAUUAAUUAAAAAAAAAAUAACAACAUACUUUUCACUCAAAAUAGUGACAUUUAUUUCUUGGUAUAUUCAAAUUGUGGAAACGUAAUAGGGUUUCCUCCACCGAGUAUAUAGGACUUGAAGGCCAAAAAGCUUUGUACAUAUAAAGGCUUACGUGAGUCGUUUACUUAACAGAGAAUAGUGAUGAUGGUUCAUUUAUUAUUUUAUCAAAAAGUUAUCCUAUUCAAAGUACUCAAAGUCUAAAUUAGCAAUAAUAUUAUAAUACAUUCAGGAAAGACCAGAACCUUUUAAAUUGAUGGUGGGGUGCAGAAAUAUGCACAGUGAUUCGUGACGUCAUCGCCAAAAAUUGCAGGCGUGUGAAAGAGAAUAUCACUCCCAUUACGUAACAAUUUUCCCCCAUACCUGUCUUUAUAAUAUUGUAAUUUCAAUGCCAUUUUCACAAAAUAAUUAUUUAAAAUCUUAAAAAUAAUGUGCAUUGCAUCAUAGUAAAUUUCCGUAUUUUUUAUUUUAUUGUAAUUAUUCUACGGUGUUAUACUAUUAAUCAACUGAUAAAAAAACAGGCAUUGGAAUGAAAACGUCCAACAUUAAUUAAUUGAAAUUUAAUAAGAUGCAAUUGUUUUUAUAUUUUCUUUCCUAGAUCUGAAAUGUAGUUAAUGGUCAUCUCAUUCGUAACUCAACAUUGUAUUGUAAACGUGAUCGCCUAUUCCUUUCUACCAAAUUUGGAAAUCAAAUCGCUAGAUAAGGACCGGGUCAAAUUGUUUUACGAAAUAAAAGCCGUUUUUGGACAAAGAUGUUUCUAGUUUUAAGUUGAAAUGUUUUUAUGAUACAUUCAUUCACUUGUAUGUUUUGUCGACAUUCAUGAAUCCCAAAAAUUUUCUAUACAUGUUGUAUACAAAUUUUUGAAUAAUGUCAUGUUAUGUUGUCUUCAAAAUGUUAGUUUCUGUCAGUGUUAAAUUUAAUGUUAUUGUAGAUUUUUUUUUUGUAAUAUAUUUAAUUUAAUUGUAGCAUAAUAAUAUAUUGUGUAAAUAAAUAAUCUGAAAUAUAUUUAAAGAAUAUGCAUAUCUGUAAUAUGAAUUCAGUUUUAUUUUAAAUCACUUAUGUAGCGGUAGUAGUUGGAGAAAACUAUUUCGAUAACAAAAUAGUCUAUAUAGACUUUUAUAAAUUUUUGUGUUGUAAAAAUAAUGUAUAUUUCCUAUUUUUAAUAAUAAUUAUUAUUUACUUAGAGUUUUAUACAUUGUAAUUGUUAUAGAGGUAAAUUUCUAAUUUGCCAAAUUAAUAUAAGUUUUGUUUUAAUUCUUCCACUGAAAGGGAUUAUUAUAUUUUGUAAAAAUGCCAAUACUGAUGAUAGAAAAUUGAUAUAAAUAAAAAUUGAAAAUAAAAAUUACAAAUUGA